AGAAUAGAGAGAAAUAAAAAAAAUUAAAAACAUUCACAAAAGGGUUGGGAAACGCAGGGAAAGUUUGAAGCGCAUUUGCAGCGUCGCGAGGUAACGGCGGCGAACAAUUUCCGACUACCGGGAAACCGCUAUUUCACAAUUGACGAACAAAACAAUUCUCGAUUGGCUUGAUACUAUCGGUGAAAACUAUAACCGUGCUUAACGAGAUCGAGAGGGAUGGGAAGAAGGAUACUGAAUGAUGCGUUGAGGAGUAUGGUGAAUGCUGAGAGGAGAGGAAAAGCUAUGGUGGAGCUCAAGCCUAUAUCCACCGUCAUUUCUUCCUUUCUCCAAAUCAUGAAACACCGCGGAUAUAUCAAGGACUUUCAGGUCUAUGAUCCCCAUAGAGUGGGGAGGAUCACAGUUGAACUACAAGGUAGAAUUAAGGAUUGCAAGGCCCUUACAUACCGACAAGACCUCAAGGCAAAGGAUAUCGAAGCUUACAGAUUGCGCACUCUUCCGACACAACAGUGGGGUUAUGUUGUGAUUACAACUCCUGAUGGUGUUUUGGAUCAUGAAGAGGCCGCAAGAAGGAAUGUAGGUGGUCAGGUUCUUGGUUACUUUCACUAAAGUUGUCCUUUACCUUUUUAUUUUGGUCAGCCACUGUGUUCAGCUAACUUUCCUGAUAAACUUACAAUGAAUUUGAUGAAAGAAUGUAUUAUUCAGCAAAGGAGAUUUUGUUUUGUAUUAUUGCUUUGUCGUGCAUGAAUGUUGUGGCAGUUCAUGCAUGAUGAGCGUGUUGCAUUAGAUCUCGUGCUUUGUGGAAAUUAGUCCCCUUUCUGUUAAAUAAUAGACUAGACUUGAUUGGAUAUCGUA